AUGAUAAAGGGUAUAGCACCUCCAUGCAAUUAUGUCAUCAAUGGUCACUACUACAAUAUGGGUUAUUUCUUAGUCGAUGGUAUCUAUCCAAAGUUGACUACAAUUGUACAAGCUUUCUCUCUGACACUGGACAUUCCUGACUAUGUGAGAUUCAACAAGUAUCAAAUGGAUAAAAGAAAGGAUGUCGAGCGUGCUUUUGGAGUUCUCCAUGGUAAAUUCAGAAUUGUCGGAUCUCCAUGUAAGUAUUGGCAUCAAUUUGACUUGAACCUAAUUAUGAAAUGUUGUCUUAUUUUACAUAACAUGAUUAUCGAGCAUGAACGGAGGGAUACAGAUUGGGGCAGAGUUCUUCCUGUUCCGCUUCCGGAACCUACCGUUGAUGGUCGUGUAUUUAUGUCAUCUCUGAAAAACCUAGAAUUACACCUACAACUAAGAGACGAUCUUGUCAAGCACAUUGCUGCGCGUCCUGGUAGAGGAGCAUUUGAUUAUUAUGGAGCAUUUGAUUAUUAUGGAGAUUAUGUUUUCAUUACAUUAUUGUGUUUCUUGAUUUAUGUUCAAUGA